AUGCUGGCAUUGUCAAGGCUAGUUGUGGUGGUGGUGGUCAUGGUGGUGGUGCUCGUGGUGGUGAUGGUCGAUGUGGUGUCGGUGGUCGUGGUUGUGUCCAUGAUGGGAAUGAUGCGGAGGGUCUCGCGGGUUGUGGUCGAGGUCGAGAGCGUGGUGGGGCUGGGCAGCACGGGCGUGAAGACGAGUGGGGGGAGGAGGGCGCUGCGGGAGCUGGGAAUCGGCGUCUCGGUGGGCUCGCUGGACUCGGACUCGGAUGGUGAAGGCAGCGGCCCGGCGGGAGGGGUGACGUACGGGUCGAUUGUCAGGGUGAGAGUGGCUGUGCCCGUGGCGAGAGUGAUGAGCGCGGUGCGGGUUAUGGGCUGGUUGAUGAGGGUUUCUGAAGGGGAUUCAGAAGGGGACUCGGAGGGAGAUCCGGAGGGGCUCUCGGAGCUGGUUUCUGAGCUGGUGGUUGUCGAGCUUACUCUCGAGCUUACUGUCGAGCUGGCCUCCGAGGAGGACAGAGACAGCGAGGGGGAGGUAGAAGAGAGAGCUGACGACUCUGAAGUCGGGGUGGGGUCAACAGUCACGGUGACUGUCCCGAUACCGCUGGUGACGGUGACAAUGGCCGUCCUCGUCCUGCGGCCGGUGGAGGUGCCGGUCGAGGUGCCGGUCGAGGACAGCUCAGUCGACGAGCCCGGCAGCAUAGCGUCCGGAAUGGCCCCGAGAACCUGCUUAGCCACAGAAACACCGACGCAGCCCAGAAUGACGCCCUCUGUUGUGUUUACAGGCAUGGCAAAGCAGGCGCUGUUGGCGUCCCGGCAGUGGAGGAUUUUCCAGCCCUCGCCAUCGGUGCAUCUCGCCAGCCCUCCACCAACGCAUGCCGCCUGGCCCGGCCUGCACGCUGACUGCUCCGUCAGAGUGGCAAAGAUUUCGUUAAAUUCACGCGCCACCUGGAUGUUAUUUUCGUACACAUCUGGGGACACGGUGGCGGUGCUCGCGGGAGGGUCCUCAAUUACCGUUGGGACGUUGGCAAGAGGCGUGCCUGUGAUGGUGGGCUUGACGGAGGAGAGGCUGGAAGGGACGCCGGUCGAACCCGGCAAAUUUGAUGUAGCCGUCGAAUUCGAAAAUAAGCCAGAAGUUGAGGAGGCCAGGGCUGGUCCGGUACCCAAUACUGGUACAGAACGCGUAACCGAGCUCUCAAACGUCGAAGACGUCGAGACGGAAGAGCUAUCGGUGGUUGACAGACUUGGGCUCUCUAUGGAAGUAGGCGAUAUGGAAGUAGGCGAAAGAGAUGACGGUGCAUCCGAGAUCGAAUCGAUGGGAGUCACCACGGGCCGGCGGGUGGGUGAUGCCACAAGAGGGAAGGUGAUGGCGCUGUGA